AAUCAACAUCAGAUCAAAUUGAAUACUUGUGUCCUGAAUCCAGCUGACAUGAGCUCUAACCAGUUCUUUUCAAUUAGGGCCAGACACAACGAUGGAACCUCACUCAUCUAUGCGUGUAAGGCGAGUUUUCGUACAGUCUAAGAGCUUUAAAAAAAGACUCCCCGUAAUCGAAGCUGACAUGAGCUGUAGUUCUUUUCAAUCAGGGCCAGACACAAUGAUGGAACUUCAGUCAUGUCAUUGGCCAAGUUACUCAGUGUUUAAGUGGCAUGAUUGGACUGAAAGAGACCCAGCAUGGCAGGAGAUGGUAUGUCAGUAUAAGGAGUCAAUCAAACGGAAAUAUGAGCAUAGGAAUGAGAGGAGUUUCCUCUCUGGUGAAAGAGUCUCACUGGCUGCCCUCUACACUGAACCUGUGAUUAUUCAGAAAAAUAAAAAAGGCAGUUUUCGGAAUAUCAGUGUGGAGGAGUUGUUUAAUAAGUCAGACAUACAUCUGCGUUAUCCAAGUAAUGUAUCCAACGUUCUCCAAGGAAAUUCUGGUAGUGGAAAAUCUUUCUUAGUGCAAAAGAUUAUUUUGGACUGGGCAUUUGAACAACAUUACCUUAAAGAAUUUGAUCUAGUUUUCUGUCUGAGGUGUGAAGAGCUGAAGUGUAUUUCUGAGGAGAUGAACUUGAUUGAGCUCCUGAGCUGGAAUUGUGGUUUAACAUUAGAUCAGAUUUCAGAGAUGUUACAGAACUCAUCACAGAGAGUGCUCUUCAUCAUUGACGGACUUGAUGAUCUUGAUGAGCUUAGAUUCAUGUGUGAUGAAUUUUGCAUAUCAUCCAAAUUCCAGAGAGCCCCACCUGAGGUCAUUGUUUGUUCCUUGCUUCGUCAACAAAUCCUGCCCAGAUAUUUUUUGCUUAUCACUACUAGAACUGAGGUCCCAAAGAGGAUGUUGCUUAUAGGACAACAACGUUUCUCUAGGAUAGUAGGUUUCUCUGAGAAGGGGGUGGAGGAGUACUUCCAGAAGUUCUUCCAGAAUGAGGAGCUCUUCAGGAAAGCCUAUGAAUGUGUGAGAGUAAAUGAAACUCUCAUCACUGCUUGCUCCAUCCCUGUCAUCUGCUGGAUCAUCUGCACGGUUAUGCGAGAGAGGUUCAGUGAUGGUGCAGAUAUGAUGAGUGGACUGGAAACCACCACCUCUAUCUACGUUAACUUUGUGUCCACUCUACUGGAGCAUCACUGCCAGGGUUUGAGUCAGUCUGUCCCGAGCCUGCUGAGGAGUCUGGGUCAGCUGGCAGAGAGAGGGAUGCUGGAACAACAAGUCUUGUUUGAUGAAAAAACUGUUUAUGACACAAUUUCAGACCCAGCUGGCAAUCCAUUCCUGCAUAAGUUCCUCUUAAAGAGAAAAAUCCACCAGGAGACAAUGUUCAGUUUCAUGCAUCUCAGCUUUCAGGAGUUCUUCACUGCUCUCUACUAUGUCCUUCUGGAUGAAGAAGAGUCUCAGAGGAAAGUGAGAGAGCUGCUUUACACUGUAGAGAGAGGAUGGGCUUUGUCCUGUUGGUCUGAUAGAGACUUUUCGAAGGCAAAUUUAGAAAUAAGCGUUUCAAAUCUGCUGCAGCCUGUGAUUCUGUUCCUCUGUGGUCUCUGUAAGAAAGAAUGGAUCUCCUCAUUCAUUGAAAAGCACAACAUGACCGUCUCUGUCAACAUAGAAACCCAGCUUAAGGAAUGGAUCAAUCAGUGUUCACAGAGAUAUCAAAAUGAACUCAUGCUGUUCAUUCUCCAUUGUCUCUAUGAGCUUCAUGAGAAGAGCUUCAUUGGAAAAGUUUUGGAACAGUUGGCUUCAAUAGAUCUGUCAAAUAUUCUACUGAAAAAUGCAGACUGCUGGAUGUUGCGGUUUUGUUUUCAGAACUGUGUAAACAUUGGCAAACUGAGACUCAGUUUAACAUCUGACAAUCUGAAGAUUCUUCAGUCUGCACUGUACACUUGUGAAGAGUUGUGGUUGAAGGUGGAUCACAUUACAGAUGAUACUGGGGAUUUGAUCUCAGCUCUUGGUGAAGGAAAGAUUGUGAAAGAACUGAUAAUACAGGAUCAAAAAUCUUCAAAAGCUUCUCACAAAAAAAGGAUCAAAAGCUUCUGCCAAGAGAUUAUUGCAUCAGUUAAAGAUGAAGACGUCAUGCUCUGUUUUCGGUUUUCAGUUUCCAGCUCUAAAAUAAGACCAUCAUCGUUAAUCUCAGAAUUAACUCUCACCUGUUCACGCCCAGAGGUUUCCACUGUCAACUGGAGAAUCUUCCUGCAGAAACUCCAGAGGUUACUCAGGUCUCAAGUUUCAUCAGCGGAUGGGGUUUUCCUUCUGGAUGUCUUGCACUCUGUGUCUGGUUUAAAGAAAGUCCAUUUGCAGAUAGACGAAUUGACUGUCGGAUGGAUUUUCACGAUCCUCUCGCUUGUCCAGGCCUUUCCCAGUCUGAACGAACUCCGGACAAAUUCCGCAGUUUCAUUUAUCCCAUUUAACAUAAAACAGUCUCUGGUGGAAUCACUGACGCAGACAGGUUGGACCCUGACUGUCUGGAGGAAUUCAGUGUUGAUUGAGCGAGACAGGAAGAGUUUCACCGAGGAGGACUUGAAGACAAUAAAGACAGAAAAUACAGAGAGUAAAAGAGCCGAAUCAUCUUCAGGACAAUCAUCCUCAGGUUAUGCAGAAGUGUUCACACCUGAAUGUGUUCAGCAAGAUGACGAGGACAAACACAAGACUAUAUACAGGUUUGUGUGUCCACAUGCUGGUCAGUUUCAGUGCAGUCUGACCAGCCUUGUGUUUGUGAUGGAGGGUGAAGGAGAGGUGCUGUAUAACAUUGUCUCAUGGGAUUCUGGUCUGGGUCAGUUGCGGCCUGCAGGACCCUUGUACAACAUUGACUGUUCUGCAGGUUCAGUCUCACAACUACACUUUCAACACUGUGUGAUAUUCUCUGAAGAAAAUAAGGACUGUUUGGCUGUAGCACAUUUCACUGGUGGUAAUGUAGAAAUAAUACAGCCACUCAAAGUGUCAGAAACUCAUGUGAUCAUUGACAUCAGAGACCUCAGCAAUUUUGGGCUCAUCUGGAUUAAAACAAUAUUUGGCUUCCCCAUUAAUGUAGCACCGAGUAAAGGUGUAGAACUUCCUGCGCACAGAAGGAUCCCAGAAACAGAAUUUGUGAACACACACAGAGAUAAACUCAUUGAGAGAGUUUCAUCAGUGAUGGCAAUUGCUGACAGUUUGAAGAGCAAAGACAUGAUUAAUGGUGAAAUGUACAGUAAAGUUCAUGCUGCAGAACCACGAGAGGAGAAAAUGAGACUCUUGUUGGAUGCUCUUGACUCUGGAGGAGCUGCUGUAAAAGCAGAAUUCUGCAGACUGCUGAAGGAGAAGGAGCGUUAUCUUGUAAAUGAACUGGGGCCUCAUUUAUAAAAACAGAUUUGAUCUUAGAGUGUGCGGAAAAUCCACUCAGAAUCAGAAAAACUGUCUUU